AUGUCUGCUUCUGUUAUUACAGAGUCAGACAUGCUUGUCAUCCAACAUCAGCAAAACACUGGGCAAUCUCCUUGCAAAACUCAUGAAGAGAAGAAAUUGCCUCGGAACCCUUCACAAUGGAAGCCAUUGUUUCAUGUCACAGCACCAGCAGGAUGGAUGAAUGACCCUUCUGGAUUGGGAUAUGACCCAGAAACAGGGUUAUACCAUUUGGGUUUCCAAUGGAACCCACACGGGAAUGAUUGGGGCAAUAUGUCCUGGGGCCAUGCCACAUCCCCAGAUCUGGUGUCAUGGAAGACAGCCACUGAUCCCAUCUUGACACCCUCUGCUGAAUACGAUCGCCUGGGCGUCUUUACAGGAUGUCUACAGCCAACCGGUAUCUCCGGACAGCUGGGAUCUCUUACAAUCAUAUAUACCUCCGUGAGACAUCUCCCAAUCCAUUAUACGUUGCCAUAUACACGUGGAAGUGAGACUCUCAGUUUGGCUGUUUCGCAAGAUAGAGGCGAAACCUGGGAACGCCAGGGCUGUAACCCGGUCCUCACCGGCCCACCUUCACAUCUUAACGUGACGGGCUGGAGAGAUCCCUGGCUCACCACUUGGGCUGAUGGACCUCUUUCCAAACACACGCCGUCAACACUAUAUGGCUUUAUGUCAGGAGGAAUCGCCAACAAGACUCCCACGGUUUUUGUUUACACUGUCCAUGCAACAGAUCUCACCAAGUGGGAUUUCAUUGGCCCAUUGAUAGACGUCGGCCUCAAUCUACGACCAUCUCGCUGGUCUGGCGACUACGGCGUGAACUGGGAAGUCGUCAAUCUGAUGACCCUGAGCAAUGACACUGGCGUUUCUCGGGACUUCAUCAUCAUGGGAGCUGAAGGCUGUGUACCGUUGGAUAAUUCGAACCAAGAUGGGGACCAAGAAGCACGCCAGAAACGAGUAUCCCGGGCCCAGCUCUGGAUGUCUAUCAAAUCCAACGGAGAAAAAAAACCUACAUCCACAGACAGACCCCUGGCCUCAUAUGCAUUCUCUGGUAUCUUCGAUCACGGCUGCUAUUAUGCGGCUAACUCGUUCUACGACCCGCAAACCUCGCAACAUAUCGUCUACGGCUGGAUUACAGAAGAGGAUCUAUCCGACUCUUUGCGCCAUCGCCAAGGAUUCAGCGGCUUGGUUUCUCUUCCUCGUGUGGUGGAAUUGAUGACAUUGAAAAAUGUCAAGCAGGCACGAAUCUCCCAGUUGAGUUCGAUUACUUCAAUCGACACCGUCCCCAAUGCCUCUGGUACCUUCACGAUCCAUACGAUGAAGAUUAGCCCAGAUAGCCGACUCAUGCGGCUGAGACAAAGUGCCCGGGAGAGCCAUCUCGCUGGGGUAGCCCUGUCUACAUCACGUUCACAAAGUGCUAUGCUGUUAGGAACAUCUAAAUGGGAAAUUGACGCCGAGUUUUCCGUUAGUAAAUCUUGUGCCCGUGUGGGUAUGAAGAUCCCACACACUUCUGAUGGUCAAGAUUGUACUACCCUUUCCUGGGACCCACGAAGUGAGACCUUCGAAAUCCAUCGACCACUGAUUGACAACACCGAAGUAAACCACGGCUAUGAAACUGCUCCGCACACGCUAUUUACUUUCCUGAAUGAGCAUGGCGAAGAGGUUGAGGAGACACUUCGAGUACACGCCUACUUUGACGCCAGUGUGUUAGAAGUGUUUGUCAAUGACAGAACGGUCAUAUCUACACGAAUCUACCACCCAGCAGAUCAUUGCUUGGGACCACUGUUCUUCGCAGAGUCUGAUGCCGGGGCGAAUGAUGAGCAACCAGCUGCGGUUCUCGAGCGAGCUUCUAUUUGGGAUGGACUUAGUGUAUGA